AUGGGUGAUACAGCAGAAUUGUGUCGUUUGUUGGAUUGCUUUCUAUCAGGAGAUAACAAUGUUCGCCAACAGGCAGAAGCAACCUUCAACACUUUGAGGCAGACGGAUCCCAACGGUUUGAUUCGCGGCUUGAUUGCGGUGCUUCGUGAGAAUUCACAAGAGCAUGUUCGACAGCAGGCGGCUGUAGCAAUCCGAACCGUUUUUAGGAAUUUUUUGAUGCAUCGUCCUGAUUCAGUCUGGGUUCAACUGACUCCUGAUACGAAACAACUUUUAAAAAAUGAGCUCCUCAACAGUCUCGAAAUUGAUCCAACGAAGUCAGUGCGUCGCACCGUCUGUGAUAUCAUCGCCGAUCUUGCUGCUGAACUCUCGUCAAGCGGCGAGUGGCCUGAGCUCAACGGAAAGUUGAUGCAGCUUGUUGAAAGUCCAAAGUUCUCCUGCCAAUCUGCUGGUCUCAAAGUUCUUUCUGAGCUUGUCCCUCAAUUAUCCGAACUGAUCCGUAGCAGUAUAGCAGGUGUGAGUCGAAUCGUAGGAAUGUGCGCUAAGAGCGAAGACCCUGAUGUCCGCUACGAAUCACUCUGUUUGGUUGCCGCAAUAGUCCAACAUGAACCUCGUUCUGUCUGGAAGCAUGUUCAGCAUGUUCUCCCUGAUCUCAUCACUGGUCUGCAAGCUUUGGUUCAGGCUAACUCGGACGAGCUGACAGUUGACUUUUUGGUGAAGCUCGUUGAAGUUGCAGAUAGCGCAUCGUCCUUCUUCAAGCCGCAUCUCGCAGCCUUCGUUCAGUGCUUGUUCGGUAUUGCACGGAAUUCUGGGGCAGAGGAUGAAGUGCGACAGAUGGCCGUUGAAGUCCUUCUAUGCGUCGUUGAAGACAAGCCUCGUAUGUGUCUGAGAGUCCCAAACUUUGUAUCCGAGCUUGUCCGCAUUUUGGUGGAGUUGAUGCUCACGAUUGAAGAAGACGCAGAAUGGAUCGAUCGCGACGACCCGACUUCUGGCGACACGGACACCACACGGAACUACGAUGUCGGUGAAAGUGGACUCGACCGCAUCGCGUCUGCAAUGGGAGGCGAGAAUGUGAUGAAUGUCAUUUUCGGUUACGUUUCCCAAUAUCUUCGGAGGGAGGAGUGGCAGUACAAACUCGUUGCAAUUAUGGCAAUCUCCCAAACCGCCGAAUAUCUUCCGGAAGAGGGAAUUGACGCCCAUCUCGAUGAAAUUGUCAGCACUCUUCUCGCCCAGCUUACGGAUUCACACCACCGUGUUCGAUUCGCUGCCUGUCAAGCCAUCGGACAGAUUGCACUCGAUCACCAUCCAACAUUUCAGAAAAACUACGCCCAAAUGAUCUUGCCAGCGCUGCUUGUCGUGCUGGACGACCCAGCGCCCCGCGUUCAAUCUCAUGCAGCUGCCGCCCUUAUUAAUUUUGCUGAGGAGGUUGAGAAGGCUGAUCUUCUUCCAUUCGCCGACGCUCUCAUGAAUAAACUGUUUGAACGUAUCCAGCCGACAAAACCGCGCGUGAUUCGUGAGCAGUGCGUAACGACAAUUGCAGUGAUUGCUGGAGUAGUUGAGAAGGACUUCAUGAAAUAUUAUACAACUGUUAUUCCAGCAAUGAAAGAAAUCAUUCUGAAAUCUACAUCAAAAGAGGAAAGAACGAUGCGGGGAAAAGCAGUUGAAUGCAUCAGUAUCAUCGGAUUGUCUGUCGGAGCUGAAAUGUUCCAAUCAGACGCGCACGAUGUCAUGCAAGCGCUUCUGCAAGUGUCGCUGACGGGAUUGGAUGCUGAUGACAGUCUUAAGGAAUACACUCAAGAGGCGUUUUGCCGGAUGUGUCGCACGCUGAAGAGCGGAUUUAUUCCUUAUCUGCACGGACUUGUUCCUUCGGUCCUUAAAAUUCUUAGCGUCCAGCCUGAAGUCGUCAAUAACGAUGAGGACGUUGAGGAUAUGACUCUUGUUAGUAUCGCGGGGGGGAAGUAUAGCGGGUUGAAGACAUCCAUUAUCCAAGAAAUGAUUCAAGCAACUGAUAUGUUAACAACGUUUAUUGAAAUCCUUGGAGCUCAAUUUGGGGAAUAUCUUGUUCCAAGUGCUCAAGCUGUUCUUCCAUUGCUUGGAUUCCCAUUCAGCGAUUCUGUCAAGCGGUCCGCUCUGUCUGCAAUGGCGGAAAUCUUAGCAGCUGGUCGUGAAGCAAAUGCAAAUAACCCAGCAGGAAAACAAGCUCUCAGUUUGUGGGUGGGAGAAGUUCUGGAAAAGGUUUUCAAGGAUCUCACGAUGCCAGAAGAUGAACUGACUGAUGUGGAACUCAUGGUGGCAGAAACAGGAGGACUCGGAAAGUGCUUGAGGAAUGCAGGCGCCGAUAUGUUGAAUGCUCAACAAGUUGCAGCUGUUUGUGAGAAAGUUUUUGCAUUGAUGAGAGAGUCAAGUCAGCGUCGUGCAGAAAUAGCCACUCGGAAGCAUGAUCCUGAAUUUGAUGAUGAGGAUAUUGGAAGACUAGAGGAGGAAGAAAGUUCAGAGCAAACCCUGAGAUCAACGUUACUUGAAAUUGUUGCAGCUGUCAUGUCGUUCCAUCCAGAUCUUUAUCUUCAAACUGGUGCCGCAUUGAGUCAAAAGUUUAUUGAAACCAAUUUGCACGCAAAUUGCUUGCCAGAUGAUCGGGCGUUAGCUCUCUAUGUUUCAGACGACAUACUGGAGCACUUAAAGGAUCGUGGUGCCGCAUUGUGGCCCACCUUCGCUUCACGUCUUAUUGAGUCUAUUAAUGAUGCUGACGCUGGAGUCAGACAAGCUGCAGCUUUUGGUGUCAUCCAGGCGGCUAAAUGUAGUCAAUUCCCAACAGAAUUAAUUCAAGAAGCUGCAAAGCGACUUGUAGCGCUUCUUAAUGAGGCAAAGUCGCGGGAAAAAUCAUUCACUUGUGCAACGGACAACGCAAUUGCUGCACUUGGUGCUAUUGUACUUCAUCGGGGCCACUGCUUACAGCCUUCACCUGAACAAUAUUUGAAUUUGUGGAUAGCCAACCUUCCAUUAAAAGCUGACGACGAGGAGGGUCGAAGAGUUCAUGGGGAUCUUGUUGACCUCUUAGUAAAGAGAAGUCCGGAAGUAUUGGGACCAAACAACGCGAAUUUGUCGAAGCUCGCUGCAAUUUGUGCAUCAAUUUAUCGUACAGACUUCUCAACAACAAAAAUUGACGAAGGCAUUAGAGAUUUCAUGCAAGCGAUCGGCUUCGAUGUUAUUUCAUCAAUUGGCGCUGGCUUCGAUAAAAAAUUGCAAAAGGGUUUGGAAAGAAUUCAUCGUGAUGUUGUAUCGGAUCAGAAGGAGUAA